UCCGUGUAUGUAUGUAUCAGGCAAAAAAAAAAAAAAAAAAUCAAGGGCGGCAAUCACACUCCCAAUUUUCCCCUCUCUCAACAGUAUACGCUUGAUUCUUAUCUACUAUUCAGUGCUCUCUGUUUUGCAGUGCAUCCAUACGUACACCAUAACCAAGACCGUUCCUUGACAGGGGCCUGUUACCAAACAAUUGCCUGAACUUAUCUUGGAUUUAGAACUACGGAUUAUUUACUCUGGAUUGGUCUUUGCGCUUUUCUGGAUAGCUCUCCAUCCCCCCCCCCAAAACCAAAGAUAGGGUGGAACCCCGUCUCACCUCAGCUUCCUUCCUACGCAAUGCCUGCCAAACAACAACACGGCCGCCAAUACGACCUUGUGCUCUUUGGUGCGACUGGUUACACGGGCAAGUAUGCAGCCCAGUACAUCACGACGCAUCUGCCCACCGACCUCAAGUGGGCAGUGGCGGGGCGCUCCCAGUCCAAGCUCGAGGAGGUGGUCGCCGAGUGCAAGAGGCUCAACCCGGACCGCGUGCAGCCGGCCGUCGAGAUCUGCAGGCUGACGGACGAGGACCUCGCCGGCCUCGCCAGGAAGACCUUUGUCCUCGCCACCACCGUCGGGCCCUAUGGUAAACUGGGCGAGCACGCCUUCAAGGCCUGCGCCGAGAAUGGCACUCACUACCUCGACGUGACGGGCGAGGUCCCCUUCGUCGCCAGGAUGAUCAAAAAGUACGAGGAGACCGCCCGGCGGACCGGCGCCCUCAUGUUCCCCCAGAUCGGCAUCGAGUCCGCCCCUCCGGACCUCGUCACCUGGUCGCUCGCCUCCUUCAUCCGCAACGAGUUCGGCUCCCCGACCGCGGACGUGACCGUGUCUGUCCACAACCUCAGAUCCGCACCCUCGGGAGGCACCCUGACGACCGUGCUCACCAUUUUCGAAAACUUCACGCUGAGCGAGCUACGAGCUGCCUACGCGCCGUACGCGCUCCUGCCCGCGGGGGCGCCGCCGCCGCCGCCGCCGCCCGCACGGGCGCGGCGCCCGCGUCCCUCGCUGCUGACGCGGCUGACGGGCCUCGUGACGGUGCCGUCGCUGGGGACGCUGACGACGUCGCCGGCGGGGAGCACGGACGCGGCGGCGGUCCAGCGGACGUGGGGCCUGCUGGCGACGACGCCGUCGCGGCGGGCGCAGGCCUACGGCGACCGCUUCUCCUUCCGCGAGUACCUGCGCCCGCGCAACUGGCUGACCGGCAUCGCGAUCCACUACGGCCUCGUGCUCCUCGGCCUCGUCAUGCUCACCCCCUGGCUGCGCCGCCUCGCCCUGCGCUUCGUCACCCCGCCCGGCCAGGGCCCCGACCCCGAGGUCGCCAGCCGCGACGAGAUCGAGUACCGCGGCAUCGGGCGGCGCGACGGCGGCGCCGGCGAGAGGGCCAUCUGCAGGGCCGAGUUCAGGGGGGGCACGUAUUAUUUGACGGGAAUCUUGUUGGCAGAGGCCGCGUCGACGUUGCUGGAGGAGGAUGUUGAUCUGCCGGGUGGCGUGUACACGGCUGCGUGUCUGGGGCAGCCAUUGAUCGAUCGGCUGUCUCGGGGUGGGUUCCGCUUCGAGACAAAGCGGUUGGAGGAUUACUAAAUAAAUAGAAGAACAUCCCAUGUUAUGUAAUACUAGUGUGAAUCUUACUAUGGGUAUCUAUCAUUCCAUGAUCGCUUGCUCUAUCCAAAACCCAUGUCUAAACCA